UACAAUCCAAAUGACCAUGAAGUCAUUCGUCCUCCCAUCUUCAGUGGCUCACAUUCUCCUCCACCUUAUAUAUACACGCCUCUCCCCAAUGACAUUUAGCAGCCUCCAACCUUAAUUCGCCUCUAACAUUGAGCUACACCAGGCCAUCGACAGUCAGUCACCACCUGCGGGCGCGCACCCAAUCUAUAAAUGGCGAUGAAGCGCAAGAUGUCUACCGCAGGGGCUGACUUCGCCUCUUACGAUCACCACCAGCACCAAGACACCACCAAGGUCACUUCAGUGGCACGACCGGAAUCAUGGGCAGAGACGGUCGGCGCCGUGGCGGCAGUGCAACGAGGCCGGAAGCGCUUCGUGGGCGUGCGGCAGCGGCCGUCUGGGCGGUGGGUGGCGGAGAUCAAGGACACCAUCCAGAAGAUCCGGGUGUGGCUCGGCACCUUCGACACCGCCGAGGAGGCCGCGCGCGCCUACGACGAGGCCGCCUGCCUCCUCCGCGGCGCCAACACCCGCACCAACUUCUGGCCACGCACCGCCGCCGUGGAGGCUACAUCCGCCGUUGAUGCCGGGGCGAUCUACCACCACCACACGCCGCCGGAGCCAUCGGCUCUCCCCUCCAAGGUUACCAACCUCCUCCUCCUUCGCCUCAAGCGAGCGCGCACCAUCUGCCACGACGACUACCUCGGUGCAAUCGCCGGCGCACAGAGCGCACUGGUGCAAGAGCAAGAAGGGUACGAUGUCGGCGGCCAGGAGGAGCGCAGCUUCCAAGUCGACGACUUCUUCAGCCACGACUCUAGCGGCGACGAGCAUGGCCACGGUGUCGUGAAACACGAGGAGGACUCGAACUGCUCACAGGACGCCGACGAUGACGACGAGGAGGAGGCGCCCCUGGACUUCGGAUUCAUGGACGCGCUCCCAUUAUCUCCGGGGGACGUGAACGACGCGGGGCUCUUCUCACCGUUCGAGAUGAUGGCGUCGGAGAUCGGCGGCACAGAUGCGGACACAGAGACAGACGGAACGGAGUACGACGGCGCCAGCGAGCACUCGACGGCGAUCCACGAUGCGAUGAAGAGGAUGAAGUACGAGAGGAAGAUCUCCGCCUCGCUCUACGCGCUCAGCGGCGUGUCCGAGUGCCUCCGCAUGCGCCUGAGCAGCGCCGACAACCGUGCCGGACACGGGCUGGCCCUCUCCGGCCUGAGGGACGCGUGCAUGAAGAAGAAGCAACAAAACCAAGAAUCUAAGGGCGGGGUGCAUGAGGAGAGCUCAGGCAGCAACAGCUUCUCGUCGUCUGACGUGGCGAGCUCUUCGCCGGAGGCCGGGAUCUCGUCGCCGAACGCGGUCGACAGCGAGGUGCUGCUGUGGAGCUCCCUUGACCUGGCUCCCAUCUGCCACAUGUCGUAAUUUCUUCUACCCUCGGUUAUACAGUUCGUCGGGGUCGGGGAACAAUAGGAAUUAAUUCGUGAUAUUUUUUUUGAUACGUGCACAAUUUGUUUUGGAUUUAACAAUCGAGAAAGGCCUUGUUCGUCAGAAAUUUCUGUUGUGCUAAGAAGAAUUGCAGUGUUGCUUCCUAGUAUGCUUGUUCAG